AUGGGAUGGGGUGGUGGAGGAGCCCUCGGAAGUCGUGCUCUCUCCCGCUGGCAGACGCUGAUGCUGUCGCAGUGUGCCGACGGGGCUGCCCUUCCUCCUCCUCCUCUUCAUUCUCCACCUCCUCCUCCCGCCGCUCCGGCCGGGACCUGGGGCGGGAACGAGCGACAGGAGCCGCAGGAGGAGACGGCGGGCGUGGACACCAUGCUGCGUGAAGUAUCGGAGAAGCACCGCGCUGCUCUGCGAAGCCUGGGGACCAGUUCGGGAGCCGGCCUUGGAGGGAGCCCGUCUGGAAGCCCCACAGCCGAGCGCCCGCGGCUGGCCCCGAGCCUGCACGGCGCCUUCCGCGGGCUGCAUACGGUCCGCGCCGCUCCGCGCUCCGGCGGCGAGGAGCUGGAGGGACCCGGCAGCCUGCGGGCUGCGCUGGGGGAGGCGGGUAGCAUCCGCACCCUGGCCUUCCCGCAAGGCAGCGCCUUCACAGUCCGCACGGCCGCCGGCGGGUACCGCUUCCGCUGGGUGCCAAGCUAA